UCCCUUUGUCCUGCAGCUGAUUCGGAAAACUUUUCUUUUGUUUAAACCGAAAAUCAUCCGGAAGACGUUAGUCACAGCUUCUGCACUAAAACUCGAACCUCAGUUGGUUUUUGCUCGCUUAGAUCUCAACUCGGAUCAAAUGUUCCUUCGGGUCCCUCUCACCACACAAGCGGUGCCAAGAACACACAUUGGAAAACCUCACAUCAUUUUCAUGAGGACAGCAGGCAAUUAUAUUUCCAGCAUGGUUUAAACCAGCUCUCUGCAAAUAUCGUCGUGGAAAACAAUGGAUUCUAGGUACAAGAGUGGGCACCUACUUUUUGUCUUGGAAUACUGUGGCAAAGUCUAGCUGUAUUCUCCACUCUUGGGAGCCCCUUUUCGGAGGCAUCCAGUUCCCGAAGCCAUUAUCAUCCCUCCCAGGCCCAGCCGUUGAGGCAGAAGAAGCAACAGACGGUGAGAAGAGGAUAAAGUCAUGCCAUGUGGUCUCUAAGGAAAAGCAAACAGCAACUGAAAUCGGACUGUUCUUUUGGAUAUCCGGUUCUGAGCCCGUCUCGUUUGCAACAUAAGAAUUGCUCUGUCCUUUCUGGGCAGCCAGAAAGUGCUUCAUACCCUCUUUUACUGCCUGACUCCACCUCCCAUGAGGGAAGGCCCUCUAAAUCGAAUUCUACAAGCCCUUUCAAUGAGUCAUGGCCCUCAACUGAACGCAGUUCUUCCUCCCUGACUCCAGAAGGAAAAAAGGAUCUUCCAGCAGAGACUAAGACCCUGGAUGCACAAAGGCUCCCGGAUUCUGCCUCAGACGGUGAAUCCAUUGUUGCCAAGUAUAUUGAACGGUUCCGCCACGGGAAGCCCACUGAUCGUAAAGAGCGCUCGGCGUCUAGUGGCGGUUCAACUGAGUUUUGGUGGCUUAGCCACUCAUUUCUCCCAGAUGUAGAAAGCUCUAAGAAGGCGGCAUCGCCAUCUUCAGAUAACAGCCAAAGUGAAGUGGGGUUAUCUCUUUUCAGUCCCAUCCUGGCUCAAACUGCCUUGGGAGAAAUGCAAGCUGCUUCUGCAUUUGAUGCUGAGACCGUGAGCCUGCAGGAAAGAGCAGCUAGGAUCAUAAGCAGAAGCGUCUCACCACCAAAUAGUUUCCGGUCCGGGGGGCUUGAUUCUACUGCUACAUCCACCAACCCAAAUAGCACCCCAGACUUGCCUCAACAUGCUCUACGACACCCUGCAGCACACCAAGUGAAAGAAAGCUUAGUUCUUCCUUAUCAUACCAGUCCAAGUUCUAAUGUAGCCCACUCUUUAAAACCAGAAGAUGACAUCCUAUUCCAGUGGCGCCUGCGCCGGAAGAUGGAGGAAGCAAGCAAAGCCGCUGCUGCAAUGCCUCCUGAGGUUUGGAGGAAUCCGUGCUUCCAACCAACCUGCGCCUCUGGAAAAAUGGAAAGAGAAGUUCUGAAGUCAGCUGAGCCAACCCCUCGGAGGGACGAAGACCAAAAAGUGUUGUCAACUUCCGAGCCCCACUUAGAUAUUAAAUGUACCCAGAGUCAGUGCCAUCCUUGCUCCUGUGCAGGCAUGCCGAGGACUGGAGUCACUUCUGGGCAGCUUAUUUUAACUAUUCCCUCCGGGAAUGGGAUAGUGGUAACUAGAGGCCCUGAAUGCAGAGAUGAGCCCAUUGUGAAGGAUCCAACCCCACAAAAAGAUCGCCUUCCUGAUUACCUGGAAACUUCUCCUUCAAGACCUGCAAAAGCUAAUGAGUCUUUGGGCCAAACAACUUCACGUCAUGUUCAACAGGCAGCUCCAUCUGACCAGGGAAGGCACCUGGAACUCAGCAGCAGACCAGGGCUGUGCAGAGUCAAGCAGAGACAAGCAAAACCAAUUCCCGACCCCAGACAGCCAACACGCAGCCCCACAAAGCAUCCAGUUCAACACGUACUAUCAGAGGUAGUUGCCGAAAGGCUUUUCUCCCCACCUGACUCUCCAGCUGUUCCUCAGGACAAACCAAAGAGAAGCUCAAGGACUUUGGGUCCAGAGGAGGCUAUUCCAAAGAACGUUGUCACCCCCUCCCAUCCCCAACUCCUGAACAUGGCUGCUCAACUGCUGGAGCAGGCUGAAGACUCAGAUGGCUUGGAAUUUGAAGACGACCCUCUGUUACAAGUGUUGAGAAGUCAGAGGGAAUCAUUGCGCAAUGAGCUUCGAGCUGUGGAUUUCCAGAUCAUUCAGCUGGAAAGUAACUCCUUUGAUCAGGGCGUCUCUCACCAGUGACUACCUCCUGUGCUCGCUUUGUUGAACCUUGGGUGGUUUAAGGUCCCUCCCUCAAGGCAUUGCUUGAGUCCAGCUUUAUCAGGCACUUCAGGAUGAAUUCAGUCGAAGGGUUUUGAAGGUGCUUUUUUAUUUAUUUUUUUAUUAACCGUAGUGGUUUUCCGAUGUCUGCCUGCCUUUAGCAGGCCAGCCUUUUCCUAGAAGAUAGCUGGGAUUGCAGAAUAGCCAAGCGAUGAUGUGUAGGGAUGCCUCCACUUUAUAUCUGGUGUGCUGUUUCCAUGGUUUCGGUGUAUAUUUUGUGUUGCAUUUAAAAUAAAUGUGUAUUUUUGGAUCAAAACAAAUUGUGGUAAUUUGCAGUGUACACUCUAUCCAGAUACAUCGCGUCUAAUGAAAAGUGGAUCAAUGGAGUCCAAACUCAUCUGUCUUGGAGAAAUGGGAAUGAAUAUUUCCCUGUGCAAAGAACAAAGGGAACCUUUUGGGGAAGGGGGGGAAAAAGAGUAUUUCUUUUGGAACAUAAAAGAAGGCUAAAGAUCUCACCCUCCAACCCAAAUUAAGUUUAGCUUGUUCCUUUUUUUUAUUCCACCUUUUCAGUUGAUAGUCCAAACAUCAAAAUGUUUUCAAAAAUCCACAAAACCCGUUAAUGACAUUUUUUAGCAAAACAAUUAGAUCUGCUGGGAAACCCAUACGAGAUCAAAAACAGGACCAGAAUUCAAGCUGGAGAAGACAGGAAAAUAAACAGAUGAACAGAGCCUACAAAAGAAAAUAAACACAGGCCAGCUUUAGUCUGAGAAGGAUGUCUCACAGUGAUGGGUCUUUUAGUGAGGGGGUCAUGAUUCUUGCCUGCCUAACUUAUUUAUAUGUAAAGAAAUUGUUAAUUGUCUUGAGCGUUGGGUGGGAAACGAAGUUCCAAAGUGCAGGUUCAAAAUUCUUUUGCAACUACUGAUUUACUGAACAUACCUUACCCAACAGCAUGUAAAUUAACUUCAGUUGCAUUCAAGUGUGAACUGCUUGCAUUGUUUUUCUAGGCUUUCUCCUUUUUUUAGCUCACCCAA